ACGCAGAACAGGUCACAAGAAGAAGAAGAACAGGCUGGAGUGGCCGGAGAGAUGAUAGAUCUAAGGAUAAGGAUGGAGGGAUGAGGAUGCUAUACCACUGACACUCUUCUCAUGAUGUUUGAUAGACGUAAAUAUAACACACACGUCUGAGCAGCACAGAUGGCCAGGCUGUGGAUGCGAGCCAUAACACCUCGUGGGCGAAGGGUGUACCUGGCAGCAGCGACGGCCCUGUGCCUGGCCUCUGCAACACUCCUGGUGCUGCGGUCCUGGGCUGCCCACCUGUCCCUCCCAAUCCUGGACUUGACGGAGGAGCAGUACCAGGCAAACAACCACUACCUGGAGUCUAGUUACCUGCGCUACUCCAAGCAGGAGUGGGAGCAGCGCAUUGAGAAGGAGAGUGCCAAGAAGAUCACCUGGCUAGUUCAGGUGUCAGAUCUCCACCUCCGGACUGGUGCCGCUGAAGAGGUACAAUACUUCCAGGAGUUUGUGGAUGAUGUGAUUAUGCUGCUGAGGCCUCCUGCUGUGCUGGUGACAGGUGACUUGACCAACAGCAAAACCUUUGGAGUAAAGCUUGCACAGCUGCCGCAGGAAUGGAAUUUGUACCAGCGCUCAGUGAAGGACCGCCUGACACUGCACAACACCACGCACUGGCUUGACCUUCCAGGGAAUCAUGACAACUUUGAUGAGGUGCAGCACGCCCACUUCAAGGCCCACGCAAUACAGUCACACCUUGGGAACCCCAAACACAGGCUUGGCACAACGGUCCCUGGCAGCGAUGGACACAACGUCACCCUGCUGCCCAUCGAUGCCUCACUCAUGCCAGGCAUCAGGGCUUUCAACUUCCUGGGCUACCUCUCAGAGCAGGAGUACUCCAGGAUCCAGGAGGCUGCUAUUAAGGCACGUGCAAAGGGUGAGGUGGUGGUGUUUUAUGGUCACUACCCAAGUAACACCAUUGUGUCACCUCGGGAUGUGAAGAAGCUCCUCUCCCUUGGUGUGGCUUACCUGUGUGGCCACUUACACACUGCCUUUGGCUUCCUGGACCCCAUGUGGACCAGGCACUCCUCCGGCCUGCUGGAGGUGGAGCUGGCAGACUGGUAUCGGAACCACAGGUUCCGCAUCUUGUCUGUGGACAAUGACCGCGUAAACUGGGUGGACGUGACUCACCCCUCCUGGCCGGUGGUGAUGGUGGCCCGGGUGCAGCGCUACACCAUGGGCCAUGGUGCCUUCAGAUACAUGUUGAGGCUGCUGGUGUUCAGUAAUGAAGAGGUGCUGUCUGUGUCGGUGCGAGUGGAUGACAACCUGGGCCACUGGAUCAUGUGUCAGCACCGGUCAGGGCCACUCUACACCGCCAGUGUGGACAUCCAGCUGGAGGCGUGGGACCCACAGAUCUCUGAAAAGGACUUUGUCAAAACUCUGCAGGUGUUGGUGGGUAACACAUCUGGCAGCAAGUCUCUCCUGAGGAUGGGGAUGGAUGGCACUGGAUUUGAGCGCCCACAGCCGUCCCUCCUGGCCACUUCCCUCCUCUCCGUAAACUUUCAUGACAUGUUCCUGUUUAUGUACGUGAUGGGCAUUGGCUCGUGCUGUCUGCUGCUGUUCUGCUGCUGCCUCCUCCUGGUGAUGGUGAGGAAACAAGUGAGGUGUGUUCAGAUGCUGCCCAAGAAGGUGAUCAACAUUGCCUCCAGUCUGAGCCACAGGCAGCUUGUGUUCACCCUCCUCCUGGUCUUCCUCCUCUACCCCAGCAUAGGUCCCUGGUACAUCGGGCCGCUAGCCAGGGAAGAGUUUGGUGCAGUCUUCAUGUGGGGAAUUUUCGUGGAGUCCUCAACACUUCCUGGCCAACUCACGUACCCUGAUGCAUUCUUCCUGUGGCUUACAUUGCAACUUCCCGUCUUUGCCAUCAUCUUCCUGAAAAAAAUGCUGAGCUACGAGUCAGCCCGGCACCGGUGUGGCAAGUGGCUGGCGGUGGGGAUGGCUGUCACCUUGGGAGGACAGGUGCCUGGGAUACUGGCCUGGCUCAUCCUCGACUCCAUCCUCCUGAACGGCCCACUGCGACUCUUCCUCUCACUGCUUGCCAUUGUCCUCUGGAGGCUCUGAAAGGGAUAUGUCCAGGGAGUGAGAAAAAGUGAGGAUCUCAAGAAGAGUAAAGGAUAAUUGUAACUAAGAACAUAGAUGAGACAGAAUAGUGAAGAAAUGUGGUGAAAGAGGAGUAGCAGAAAUUAGGUGCUUGUGAUAAGAAGGAAAUAAUAAUAAGUGAAGAAGAAUAGGAAGCGAUGUUGAUCUGUGGAGGAGAAAAGGGAGGCGAGAGAAGAUUUGAAGGUAAUAAAAACACAAAGAUUGAAAUUAUUACAUGAAGAUAAAAAGAUAAAAAAUGAAAUGAUAGAAUGACAGAAAUUAAAUUAGUAAUUAGAGAAGAAGAAUUAUUAGAAUGAUAAAUUGGAAAGGAAUAGAGGAGUUAAGGUAGAUUUAGAAAGAAAAUUGGAGGAAUGAGAUAGAAAAGAGGCUGUAGGUGAUGGGAAGACAGAGGAGGAGGAGGGAAACAAAAUUUAGCACAACGAAUACUGAACAAGAAGUGUGGCAGAGGAGGAAGUAUGAAGAGAGGAAGGUACUGUGGGAAUCAACACAAGAAUGAAGAGGAGACAAAGAAAAGGACUUGAAAGAAAAAAGUUAUCCAGGGCCGUUUCCAGCCAUAAUGGGGGAUCUUGGCAGUUUAUUUGAUUGAUUUAUUUACUUAUUUAUUUUUUACUUGAUGUUCCACAUGUGUUUUUGUGCCAUCCAUAACAACAGUGAUGACUAAAUUCAAUUCCAUACCUUUCUCUGGUCAGCGUGCUGUAGCUAUUAUUGUGUUGGUGGGAGGGAGGCACAGAAUUUAUAAGGAUCUCACACCAUGGGCAUUGCUGACAUGCAUUACUAAUCAGGUCUCAUAGGUGAUGUCCAAGGUGUUUCUCUUCCCUCAGAUCACCAUGGAAUUUAUUUUAAGUGCUAUAUUUAGUUCUGUUUUGGGAUUUUGAGGUAGACACAUAUUAUAAACCUCCCUCAUCUGUGCUGCCAGUUAGAAGUUGAGGAAAUUCCAUUCACUUCCACUGUUUUUUUGUAUUUUCUCUCAAUCUGAAGUCCUCUGAUAUGCUGAUGAUCUUACAGAAUCUGAUAAAUGAAUGUACUUGGCAAAUCAAGCUUUAAGAGUGUGAAAGAACAUUAAAUACAGAGGAACAGAGUGCAACAUGUUACUUGACUGAUAGUGACAUUACCUCUUUGGCAUGGUCUGUUACUGACACUCUUGAUAAUAAGGUCAAGAAAAAACUAUACCGUUCAUAUGACUAAGGGUUUCCUGUUAGCCACUGGGUCCUCAGUAACUGCUUGGCCUCAUAUGUCAGGAAACGGUCUUGAUGUUUUGGGAGUGUGAAUAUGAAUAUGGUCGUCAUGCAGCAGCAGAGAAAAAAAACAACAUACUCUUCAUUUUUUCUUAGGAUUUAUAGACAUCCUAACCAAGUGCAUUCUUUUUACCUGGGUGUUACAUGUGUGUGAACCUUGAUGUCUUGUUUUGGUGCCUAUUUUUGUAGAGGUUUGAUCAACUAAUGCAAGCAAUUUGUAUCAAUGCAUUAAGUGAUCUGAUGUGUAUAUAAUUUGCUGUUCAGUCUGUUUUGUCUUUGUUGAUUUGCAUGAAAGGAUUUGUAAAGUGUAGUGAUGUAUGUUUGCAUUGUGAUGUGUGUUUGCAAGAUCUCUAUUAAUAAGGGCCUUUGGUGUUUUGUCUUGUGUGUGUGUGUGUGUGUGUGUGUGUGUGUGUGUGUGUGUGUGUGUGUGUGUGUGUGUGUGUGUGUGUGUGUGUGUGUCCAGUUGGUCAUGAUCUACUCCUAGACUUAUGAUCACAAGGUGUCUGUCAUUAUCUAACUGCAUCUUGGUGAUGAUCUGCAACAACAUGGUCUCAUUUUCUAUGUUAUUUGUCUGAGUCUGUUAACAUUUAAGGUUUGUGUUAGAGAGACAGAGAGGAGAAGCUUUACUGUGUGCUGAGCUAUGCAACUGUACAGGGACUGUAAAUAUUGUACUUAUUGGCUGAAUAUUUAUGAAGUGUAUGAGUGAGUAGAUGACAACCCAGAAUUAUGUGAGCACUCCAAACAAAGCACUCCAUCAGCUGUAUUUAACAAUUAUGUGUCUCUUCAGGUAUGGGGUCACUGAGAACCUAGAUGUAUUCAGAUCUCAGUUAGCUGUACUUGUGGGUAUUGGUGGCCCGUGGUUGUGAUGGAUUGUGUACCACUUGUCUCAACUACUAACAGCAGCCCAUCUUCUAAGUAAGUGAUAUGUUAUUGUUAAUCCUAUUUCUUUGUUUCAGAAUUUGUUUUUUCAUUGAACAUGGGCUGCUGACUUACCUUUUUUUCUAGUCACUAUAAUUGUCUUCUGGAAAGCAUUUAGUCAAUGUUUAUUUUCUUUCUUCUGUAAUGUGUCUAAUCCCUCUGGCAACACCCUCUAAGGGCAUGACCAGCAAGUGGAUUUAGAUUUGGACAUAGAGAACUUGACUCCUUAAGGGACUCCCAUGUCUAUUUGGUGAGGUUAUGUGCAAAAUGGAAACAAAAUUGUGUUUAGCUGGCAUCCCUUGAGGACACAGGAAUGUUAGCUUCAAGCAGCACCUGUCUCCUCCACCUUCUUUACCCAGCUCAAUACCUCUUGUCAUUGUCAGUCCUUAGUUAGUCCCAUACUCCUUAUAUCCUCAGAAAUCUCAUUACUCUCCUACUUACCCUUUACAUUACUGAUGAUUAUCUUAAUACCAUUCCUUGAUAUUGUUAGGAUGGAUGUCAGGUGAUUGUAUCAGCAGCCAUACAUAUACUGUAUCAGCUGUUUAAGCACUGGCAGAGUUAUUGGCAUGCUAUUUUCCUCAGUUAAAAACUAUGUUUAAUGAAUAGUUCUAAAUGAUAUUUACAGAAUUUUACUGGUAUAGUCUUGACUCAGCUCAGCCUACUCAUGGUAAUAUACAUAAUAUUACAGUUUUAAGAGUCAGUAUAAAGACUUUCAGUAGCACAUUGAGUGUCAGCCUGUAUUCAUCAUGCAGUGAUCAGUGUCUCCUUACGUAGGAAACUUUGACAUCAGUAGACAUGUAGACCGAAAACCUCAGCCUGUCACAGGGCUUACAAGGUCUUCCAAGUGAAUGUAAUUUGCAUGAAUAAGUUAAAGGUAGAGGUAACAACACAUGUUUGUAUGCUGAAAAGGGAAUCCAGUUAUGGUUUGGCUGAAAGAGUUUUGUGGCACUAGACUUUAUCAAACAAAGCAGGGAUUCCCAGCCCUUGUCUCUUCAGAGAAACCCAGAGCCACAUCCAGAGCUUGUAAUUAAUGGAGGGGCCCAGUACAUUUUAAGUUGUGAUUUGUUGAAUACGAAUUUCAUUGAGUAGAGAAUUUGCGAUCAACAAUGUCAUCCAUUUAUGUGCCAGAAGGAUGACAUGAGCUCCCUGUGUACUGAAUGGGCCCUGCUGGUGGCUGCUGGGUGUGUCCUGGGGAGUGUAUACUGUAAUGACAAGUGGCAUGGAAAUAAGUGCUUUCUGACAAGGACACUAGUGAUCUGCCUGAACACCUUGCUUUCUGGUACCGGCCAUCACUGUGUGCAAGUAGCAGGGCAGACAUUAGUGGUGUAAGUGACAUCCCAACAUCCUACACCAAAGAAUGAUAACAGAGGUUACCAGGAUCAUUAGAGGGAGAAUCUGCCCUUGUGUCUUAUGUAUAAUAAAUAGGUAUGAAGAGGAGUGGUGGUGAGGCAUACAAACCAAGAAUGACAGACAGACAAGUAGUAGAUAGUCUUUACACCUUGAUACAGAUAACAGUGUAUUAGUGCAGUCUUGUGUAUUAUCCACUUGUAGUGAGUUGUAAUGAAUCUCUUGGCUGCAUUUAGCAUAAUGUCCCUCAACUUGAAAUAAAAAAGCAGUGCGAUA